UACACAAAAUGGCGGCCAGUCUGUGGUAUUUGUCGUGAUUAUAAUUUUUUUCCUUUUCUUUUUUCCCUCUUUACAAAGCAUGUCCAUCGUUUCAUGGGCGUGCGAGUACUUUAUUUCUGCAGUUAAAAUGGAAUACUAAGCAUAUUAUUGAAGAAUAUUUGUAUUAGAAGAACGAGCAUUUUUAGAAUCAAGUCGGGCAUCAACUUCCCGCCAAGUUCAGAAAAAAAAGUGUUUACAUUCAAACUCGUAAAACAUGAGUGAAUUCAGAAUCCAUCACCAUGUCUCCGAGCUACUCUCUCUUCUUGGGGCUUCAGGAGGGGAGGGACCCGAGGUCUACACAGAAAUGCUGAUGAAAAACAUGACACCUUAUGUUACAACACAGGUGUCGGCUCAUACAGCAAAGCGCAAGAUUGCUGAGUGUUCAACUACACCAAGAGAAUUUCUCAAGAAAUAUGACGAGCUUAAAUCUAAAAAUGUCCGUGAGCUAGACCCUCUUGUUUACUUGCUUUCCAAACUUGUAGAAGAUAAACAGAUGGUAUCAUUUUUUGAGAGGAACUCCAAAGGACGCACACGAGCCAGACUGUCUGCCCUAACUGCUGGGGGGAAAGUGAGUGCUCUAGGAGCUGUCCAAAGUAUUCAAGAUGCCAUACCAGCAUCUGGCACCAUGUCACAUCAAGAACUCAAUGAGCUGAGAAGUAAGCUUGCAACUGUUACCAGCAGCACAGCGAUGUCUGGAACAACACCAGAGGCUGUGCUCAAGGCUCUUAGAGAGAAACAAGCCAAACGAACAGGAAAUCUUCCUGGCACACCAUCGUGGAUGAUGGAGAGGCCAUACAUGAGUGCUGACUAUGUCUCUAUGGCAGAGGAGAAGCCAACAGCUCCUGCAGUGACCAUAAAAACGCUCCCAGUAGUGAUGCAAGAACUAGCUAUUGUUGAAGACCUCCUGUUCUUGAUGAUGGGUGUCGAAGGAAAGUAUAUUCGUGUAAAACCACUCAAGGAUAAACAUGGACCAAGGAUCUUCAUUGUGGACAAGACUUUGGAUGUGUCUAUGAAUGAGAUGGUCCAUCGAAUCCUACCUGUGUGCUCACAUUACUCAACCAUCUGUCGGUUUAUUGAAGAAAAGUCAUCUUUUGAGUAUGGUCUUGUAAACCAUGCCUUGUGUGCCGCUAUGAGAACUCUGCUGAAGGAGUACCUUAUACUCGUGGCUCAGCUGGAGCAUCAGUUCAGAAUGGGUCAGUUGUCUCUUCAAAAGCUGUGGUUUUACAUCCAGCCAUGCAUCAGGACAAUGGAGAUUCUCUCUGCAAUAGCAGUUGCUGUGGAUAAGGGUGGGUGCAAAGGAGGGUCUGUUUUGACCCUUCUUCACGAGAAGACUGUUGCUCUAACUGGGGACAGCAAGGCGCAGGAUUUGUGCCUCUUCCUUACCCAAGCUGCAUGUGCACCAUACUUAGACCUGCUUGAGCAGUGGAUCUACAAAGGCAUUAUCAAUGACCCCUACUCCGAGUUUCUUGUGGCUGAGCACGGCUCUGUACAGAAAGAGAAAGUCACCGAGGACUAUAACGAUGCGUACUGGGAACAACGCUAUACUGUGGUCAGAGAGAACAUCCCACUAUUCCUAGAGAAGGUCGCACAAAAGAUAUUGAGCACAGGGAAAUACCUGAAUGUGAUACGGCAGUGUGGCCGUAACGUGCAGUGCCCAGAUGCAGAAGAGAUCAUCUACACGCUGCGUGAGCGAGAGUAUGUGGAGAAGAUAGAGAAAGCGUACAACUACGCCAGCAAGACGCUGCUUGACAUGCUGAUGGACGAGAGAGAGCUCAUGGCCAGACUCAGAUCAAUCAAGCAUUAUUUCUUGAUGGACCUUGGGGAUUUUUUCGUGCAGUUUAUGGACCUCGCAGAGGACGAAAUGAAAAAGAAUAUGGACGACAUCAUGCCGUCCCGUCUGGAGACACUCCUGGAGCUAGCCCUGAGGACGAGCACUGCAAACAGUGACCCUUUUAAAGACGAUCUCAGGGUGGAGCUGCUGCCAUAUGAUCUUAUCACUCAGCUGUUCCGCAUUCUCUCUGUGGCUUAUGAUAGUCGAGGUGGAAUGUCCCAGUUUCAGCAUGGCCCGACAGAGAUGCAGAUAUCAGGGCUUGAGUCUUUCUCGUUCGACUAUGUUGUCAAGUGGCCUGUCUCUCUAAUUCUUAGCAAAAAGGCAUUGACCAAGUACCAAAUGCUGUUCCGCCAUCUUUUUUACGCCAAACAUGUGGAAAGACAGCUGUGCAGUGUCUGGCUGAGCAACAAGAAAGCAAAGCAAUUCCAACUUCAGUCAGCUAAGUGGUAUGCGUCAGCGUUUGCCCUGCGUCAGCGCAUGCUCCAUUUCGUUCAGACGUUCGAACACUACAUGAUGUUUGAGGUGCUGGAGCCCAACUGGCAUCUCAUGGACAAGGCCCUGCAAGAGGUGACGAAUAUUGAUGGCGUUCUGGAGCAUCAUAACGACUUCCUGGAUCGCUGCCUCAAGGACUGCAUGCUUACAAACCCCGACCUGCUCAAGAAUGUCAGCAAGAUGAUGCUGGUGUGUGUCACAUUUACCAACUGUAUGCAGCGAUUUACCCAGAGUGCAAGCGCAGAUGCACCUGAUGACACGCCGGGGCAGAGCCCCAUGAACAAGAAAGGUCCGCCUCCAGACCAAGAGGAAAAACGGAAAACAGCCUCACGGGCCGAGGCGGAUCAUCUCAGCCAAAUGAUUAGCGGAGAAGAUUUCGAGCGGACGGUGAUGAAUUUCGACAAGAACUUCUCUCGACACCUGCUGGACUUGCUUGAGAAACUGAGCCAUUACUCGACCACGGACUGCGAGCACCAGAUGCUGAACAUCAUCGCCAGGCUUGACCAUAACGGCUUCUACACAGCACAGCUAGAGAAACGCGCCGCAGAAGCGCCAGAGAUGACAGAGGAAGUGAUUGACCACUAUCAGGUUGACACUGGCAGCUUUGCCGAGGCGGACGAGGACGCCAUCGAAAACAUCCCAGGAUUCCAGCGAGCUACCGGUACUAGCCGGUCAGCGGGUGCCUCUGAGCCAAUAGGCGCGCGCCAGAGGGGGCUUCAGAAGCCUGUCUCGAUGCCUGACCUUUCAAACGUUAAACGGGGCCAGCGGUAAGAGUGCCUUGGAAAAGGUGGUGCAGUGACAAGAGUGCCUUUGAAAAGGGGGCAGCUUUGGUGACGACUCUUUCGCCCUAGCUAGAAUAGCAACAGGCAAUCAUUACCAUCUCUGGUUCGCAAAUUCUUUACGUAAAUAAUGUCCAAGUAAGGAACACUUGCCGAUACUAUCUACGUGAAGAUUCGCACCUCCCCCCUCCCCUUCUAACCAAAAGCCACCAAGUGAGGCAGUGCGCUUGAGGGUGAAGUUAUCAGAGACAUUUUAGGUGCUCAUAGCUUCCGCCACUUUCGAAAGGCAGUAAACUUUAAAAAAAUACUAUUUAUCUUUCUAGAUUUCGUAUGUAAUAAUUAUUAAUAAUGAUAUGGAACGCAUUUAUGCUGAGUGUGUUUUCUGGUGUAAUAAAGCCGAACAUUUGGUGUA